AUGUUGAGGUUACUGAUACCAUGCCUUUUAUGGCUGGCGAGUGUCCGCUCGCACGGCGUGGAACAUAUGGAUACGGAAAUGAUGAAUUCCGGUACAAUUGAUUCUUCGAUGACCAAAUUGAAAAGACACUUUGUUCAGCCGCCUUGUCCACCGCAGUACCACGUUCCAUCGUAUCAUCAAUCAUCCUAUUUUAUAAAAUCAUAUGAACAGCCUAGUUAUCCGAAAAAGGAAGUGACAGUUCAUCAACCACCACUGCAGUCACACUACACCUUAAGUCAUCAACCGAGUUACUCAAUCAUUCCAAAACAGCAUGUGACUUACGUGAAACCGCAAGUAGUUAGUUAUCAACCAGUUCAUGCACCAUCCUAUCCGGUACAUCCUGUUCAAUCAGUUGUCAAACCAUGGAUGCCAGAGUAUACACCACCUAAAGUGAUUUAUCAAAAACCGUCGUAUACUUACGCACCGAUUUAUCAAAAGCCAAUGUACGAGAUGCCGAAAAUUUAUGUGAAAAAAUUCGAAGUUCCGGCGGUUCAAACGCAAGUCGUUUAUCAAAAACCAGGAAUUGUUUAUCAAAAACCAGCUGUCGUUUAUCAGAAACCACAUCCAAUUACAUAUGUUCCACCCCCACCACCACCAGCUAAAGUUAUCCAUUUACAAGCAGCACCAAUUUCUUAUGUUAAAAUUGCACAACCACCACCAAUGAUUCACCCACCUGUAUAUCUUCCACCUGCACCCGUUCAUCAUGCCCCGGCUAUCGUCAAAAUAGCUAAACCUAUGUGCGAUUGAAAUACUGGAAUGAAUUUAACCCCGAGGAAAAAAAGAAAUAUCUAAUUUAAUCAAUCGUCAAUUUCUCUUUUUUUUUUUAUAUAAAAUUAAGGGAAAAUCCGAUAGCUCGUACGAAACAACAACGAUUUGUUUAAAGCAAUCGAAUAUACUUAUCGAGCUUAAAUUAAACUGCCAUAACG